UUCCAUUUUGGUAGCUGGAAUUCCGAAUGUUAGAUGGUUUGGAGUUGAGGGAGAAUAUAAUGUCCUCGUGAUGGAUUUAUUGGGACCUAGUCUUGAAGAUUUGUUCAACUUCUGCAGUCGGAAACUGUCUCUAAAGACUGUUCUCAUGCUUGCAGAUCAGAUAAUUAACCGGGUUGAGUUUGUUCAUUCAAAAUCUUUCCUGCAUCGGGAUAUUAAGCCUGAUAACUUUCUUAUGGGCUUAGGAAGGCGUGCAAACCAGGUAUAUAUUAUUGAUUUCGGACUUGCAAAGAAGUAUAGGGACUUCUUAACUCAUCAACACAUUCCAUAUAGAGAAAAUAAAAACUUGACUGGAACAGCUAGAUAUGCUAGCAUGAAUACUCACCUCGGCAUAGAACAAAGUCGGAGGGAUGAUUUAGAUUCACUUGGAUAUGUUCUCUUGUACUUCUUGAGAGGAAGUCUCCCCUGGCAGGGGCUGAAAGCAGGAAAUAAGAAACAGAAGUACGAAAAAAUCAGUGAAAAGAAAGUUUCAACCUCUGUUGAGGCUUUAUGUCGGGGAUAUCCUACGGAGUUUGCUUCUUACUUCCACUACUGCAGAUCACUUAGGUUUGAAGAUAAACCAGACUAUGCUUACCUGAAGAAAAUUUUCCAUGACCUUUUUAUUCGUGAAGGUUUUCAAUUUGACUAUGUAUUUGACUGGACGAUUUUGAAGUAUCAGCAGUCACAGCUUGCCAAUCCUCCAUCUCGUGCCCUUGGAGCAACUGGUGGAACAAGUUCAGGGAUGCCUCGUGCCAAUAUUGAUAGGCAAUCAGGUGGUGAAGAAGGAAAUGCAACGCUUGCUCUUUGCUGUUUAGAAUUGUUGUGUAUUAUAACUACUCCUGGUGGCACAGUUACAUAUACCAGUCCCUUUUGUUGUUUACCGGCUUCUAAUAUUUUCCGGUCAAGUGGAUCUUCAAGGCGACCUGUUGUAUCCACUAGCCGUGAUCCAGUGCUCACAGGGAAUGAUUAUGACCCUUUACAGAAAGAAGCAAGCCCAGGAGGACUCCGCAAAAUAUCCAGUGCUGCUCAAAGAAUUUCACCAGUCAUCUCAUCAGAUCACAAUCACACCGCCUCUAAUAUAAAUAAUUUUGACUCUACCCUCAAAGGUUUAGAGAGCUUGAACUUUAAAGACGAGAGGGUAUCAUGGACUGUCUUGUUGGUGCCGUCUAUGGAAAAUCAUACCAUAACCACGAGUAAUCGUGUGGAAAAGCUUACUAAAAGAAGAAUAUUCGGGCAUCCCCCUUGA